AUGGAUUCGUACUCUUCCAGCCGCGACUACCGAGCUAGAGAACGAGAAGAUCGAUACCAAAGCCGACGAGAUGACAGGGGCGACUGGGAUAGAGAUAGAGGAAGUGACAGAAGGCGCGAGCGGCGAGGUGACGAUGACGACCGGUCUCGACGCGACCGGGACUUAUUUGAGGAAAAAUCCCGUGGCGGUCGCGGAAGAGAUAGAAAACGGAGCGCAACACCGCCCCCCAAGAAAAGAGAGCCUACGCCUGAUCUGACUGACGUCGUCCCGAUCCUUGAACGAAAACGCCGAUUGACUCAGUGGGACAUCAAGCCUCCUGGGUAUGAAAACGUAACAGCGGAGCAGGCGAAGGUGUCAGGGAUGUUCCCACUACCAGGCGCACCGCGUCAACAAGCAGUUGACCCAAGCCGGCUACAGGCCUUUAUGAACCCUCCAGCUGCUUCGGGGUCAAGCAACAACACUCUUCUCAAACCCUCUAAUUCCAGGCAGUCAAAGCGACUCUUUGCGCAUAACAUCCCACCAAAUGUCACCGAAGAUACCCUGCAACAAUUCUUCAAUUUGCAGCUCAAUGGUCUAAAUGUCAUCAGCGGUGUCGAUCCCUGCCAGUCUGUACAGAUCUCAAAGGAUGGGAAAUUUGCACUCCUAGAAUUUAACACUGCGGCUGACGCAACUGUUGCCUUAGCGUUCGAUGGCAUCACCAUGGAAGAGCAUGAAGCUAACAGAGAAAGCAACGGGGAAUCAAAUGGAGACGUAAAGGGUCUGACGAUAGUGCGGCCGAAAGAUUACAUUGUUCCUAUCCCAACGGAUGAGGAGCCACGUCAAGAGGGUGUUGUAUCGAGCAACGUACCCGACUCACCUAAUAAGAUUUGCGUAUCAAAUAUUCCUCCAUUCAUCCAAGAGGACCAAGUCACCAUGCUUCUUGUUUCGUUUGGUGAAUUGAAAUCUUUCGUUCUUGUCAAAGACGUUGGAACUGACGAGUCCAGGGGAAUUGCCUUCUGCGAGUAUCUUGAUCCAGCAUCGACUGGAAUUGCAGUUGAAGGGCUCAACGGCAUGGAGCUCGGAGAUAGGAGACUUAAAGUUAACCGUGCAAGUAUUGGCACCGUACAAGCUGCCGGACUUGAUAUGGGUGUCAAUGCGAUGUCCAUGUUUGCGAAAACCACCUCACAGGAUCUUGAAACCGGGCGAGUGCUCCAGCUGCUGAAUAUGGUGACUGCUGACGAAUUAAUCGAUAAUGAAGACUAUGAGGAAAUUUGCGAAGACGUACAGGAGGAAUGUUCCAAAUACGGAGUAGUUGAAGAGCUUAAGAUUCCCCGUCCUUCUGCCGGUAGCAGGCAAGCUGCCGGUGUAGGAAAGAUUUAUGUCAAAUUCGACUCACCCGAAUCUGCGACCAAGGCCCUUCAAGCUCUUGCUGGCAGAAAGUUCCAGGACCGUACUGUCGUUACUACUUACUUUUCAGAG